CAGUCUUGUGACUGAUAUCGACGGUUGAGCAAAUAUAAAUCAUUAAACUUUGAGACGCACCGCAGUAGAGGUAUCACGAUGGCAAAAGAUCUCGUAAUUCUCGCGUACUCCGGUGGUUUGGAUACCAGUUGUAUUUUGAAAUGGUUGAUCCAAAAGAACUACGAUGUGGUUUGCUACAUGGCAGAUGUUGGUCAACAGGAAGAUUUUGCCAAAGCGAAACUGAAGGCCAAAGCCAUAGGAGCCAAAGACGUGAUCGUGGAAGAUCUUCGUAAGGAGUUCGUGAGUACAUAUAUGUUACCGGCAGUGCAAAUGGGCCUCGUAUAUGAGAGUCGGUACUACCUGGGCACAUCACUGGCGCGGCCUUGCAUAUCUGUCGGCAUAGUCAACGCUGCUAAGAAACUGGGAGCUAAGUAUAUUUCCCAUGGAGCUACUGGCAAAGGUAAUGAUCAAGUUCGAUUCGAGCUGAGCGUCUACUCGUUAUGGCCUGAGGGGAAGGUGAUCGCACCGUGGCGUAUGCCAGAGUUUUUUGAAAGGUUCCAAGGACGAAGCGACUUGAUUGAAUUUGCAAAUAAGGAGAAUAUUCCAGUAUCAGCAACGCCUAAAGAACCGUGGUCUACUGAUGAAAACAUCAUGCACAUAAGCUACGAGUCUGGAGUACUAGAGGACCCAGCUACUAUCCCUCCGAAUGGAAUUUAUAAAAUGACACGCGAUCUCCAACAUACUGACGACUACCCCAGCACUAUUGAUAUAAACUUCGAAAAAGGCGUUCCUGUUUCCGCCAAAAUCCCAAGUGGACAAGAGAAGGCGCUAUUUGUAACAGAUCGAUUGACUCUUGUCGAGACUUUAAACAAAUUAGGAGGACAGCAUGGCGUUGGACGCAUCGAUAUUGUUGAAAAUCGUUUCCUAGGCUUAAAGUCGCGAGGAUUAUACGAAACACCAGCGGGAACUAUUCUCCAUGUUGCUCAUAUGGAUUUGGAAGCUUACGCUCUGGAUAGAGAAGUGCUGAGAACCAAAAAGUACCUUCAAGACAAAAUGGCUGAUAUUGUCUACAACGGAUUUUGGUUUUCGCCCGAGGCCGAGUACACAAGGAAAUGUCUUCAACUGUCUCAAGAAUCUGUUACUGGAACUGUAACUGUUCAAAUUUUUAAAGGAAAUGUUUCUAUCUUGGCAAGGAAGAGCACAAACAGCUUGUAUAAUAAGGACUUGGUGUCAAUGGACAUAGCAGGUGGAUUUUCUCCUGAAGAUAGUACUGGAUUCAUCAACAUCAAUGCACUGCGACUUAAAGAAUUUGCUAGAUUCACAUCUCAGUCUAAAUUCUAAACAAUAUAAUAACAAACAUCGAUUGUAUAAUAAAUAAUAAUUUUAUCAAAUGUA